UCUGACACCGGUAAGUUACAUCGGCGGGUAGUUUCUUCCACAACACUAGAUCUGACACGACCUGACGAAGGUUCGUCAGGGUGUCUCAGGGCACGGGCGGUUUUGCUGACGUGACACCAGUGUGGCUGAGCCUAAGACACCAGCGUAGCCUCCGCACAUGGUUUCCCGAGCUGAUACAGCUGCAGAGCGCAGCGCACAUAUGGAUCUCAUGCGCUUAUUAACUGGGGACGCAGCCCCCAGAAAGUAUAAAAGCUCUCGAGGAUUGGGACAGCGGGCACAGUCUUUUGUUCCUUCACAGUUCAGCGCAACCAGCCUUAGCUUCUUCGCAUCACCUUUAUCAUCAUGCAGUUCAAGCUCGGCUCCGUUCUCCUCGCCACCGUCGUCGCCUUCGUAGGCUACGCCGCCGCCUCCCCCAUCGAAGUCCGCGAUGCCGGUGGCAACCUAUUCGUCUGCACCAACGCCAACUGGGGAUCGGACUGCACUAACAUUGGAUUCAGCGACGGCCAGUGCGUCGUCUUCCCCAGUGGUUUCCAGAACGACGUCUCUGCCAUCGGGCCGCCGUCAGGAUGGGUCUGCACUGCCUUCGUCAACUCGAACUCCUUGUGCGUUGGCGAUGGUCUUGGUGACAUCACGUUCCCUGGUUACGCGGACCUCGGUAGCGGCCACACGAACUACAAUGACCGCCUGAACUCUUUCCGCUGCUCCUCUGAGUAAGCCUAGUCUAAAGGUAC